AUGGCGGACCCACUCUCAGUAGCAGCUUCCAUUGCCGGCCUGGCCUCCCUAGGCGACCUUUUGUUUCGAAAACUCAUUCACUACGUCCAAUCCGUCAAGGGCGCCGAGAAGGAGGUUGUGGACCUCAAGAAUGAAAUUGCUCUGUUGACGGGCGUGCUACACAAUCUCGGCUUGGUCGCCCGCGACCUUGAGGCAGAUAGUACCGUCAGCUACACCAUUCGUCCAGAGCAUGUAAGUUCCUGCCUCGCCCUCCUCCACAGACUUGAUGAUGAGCUUGGAAAAAUUGGCAUCAAAGGACCUGGGAAGAUCUCGAAGCAUCUACAAAAGCUGGCGUGGCCUUUCAAAAACAUAAAAGUCCGGGAAUACAUUGAGGAUAUUCGGAAACAGCGUGACACUCUUAAUGCAGCAUUGAAUGCAGACAGCUUCAACGCACUGUUGCAAUGCUUGUCUGUGCAAAAAGACCUCUCUAAGCACAUACGAAGCGUUGAGACGCUACUGCGCCAGAGGGAGAACAUCGACACACGCAUCAAACUAGACGAAGAGCGCGAAAGUAUCCUUGAUUACUUUCUCUUUGUCGAUCCGCAGCCUGGCUUCCAGACCAGUGUCAGGCUUCGAUGUGCCACCACUGGUUUUUGGCUGACUGAAGACGAAACUUUCUGUCAAUGGAACAAUAGUUCAUGUAAUAUCCUAUGGAUGAGCGGAAUCCCUGGCGCGGGCAAGACGGUAUUGUCCGGUCUUGUCAUCCAAGGUUGUAUGGCGAAGGCUUCUGAGAAUCGUGCUGUGGCAUUCUUCUACUGCGACUACAAGAAUCCCGCCACCCAAAAACCCAUGCAUGUCUUGGCCUGUUUGGCUUCACAAAUUGCACGGCAGAGCGAGGUCAGCUUCCAGGUACUCAAGGACUACUACUCGCGAUUGAAACCGCGCGACCAACUGAAGAAAGAACCAGAAGCGUCAGAACUGCUUGGUAUCAUUCGCGAGAUGUCGUCAAGCUUCGAAGAUGUCAGAAUCGUGGUCGAUGGCUUGGAUGAAUGUGGAGAAAACGCUGGGAGCUUGACGGAAAAUCUGCUCUCUUUGUGUGACACGAGCGGUUGUAAAACGUACCUUGCUUUACUGAGCAGGAACGAAACAGACAUUGGGACAGCAAUCGAACGAAGAGACUACAGACAUAUUGAGAUUGCAGCCAAAUCGAAAGAUCUUGAUCACUUUGUUCGUAGUGAAAUGGAGAUCAGAAUCAGCACCGGCAAGCUCCACUUGCGGACUAGUAAGAUCAAAGACGAGAUCAUACACGAGCUCGUUACGAGAGCUGCAGGAAUGUUUCGCUGGGUCUCAUGUCAACUUGACCAUCUGUGCGAACUACCUACAGACAAGGAAAGGCGUCGAGCCCUACAGAAAUUACCCGCGACAUUGCACGAAUCCUACGAAAGACUUCUUCUACGACUUCAAUCUCCUCCGAUAAUAUCGCUGGUGCAAAAGUCAUUACGUUGGAUUGCUUAUGCAUCACCGCCACUCACUCUGGAACGAUUGCUUGAUGUUUUGUCGCUGAAUGAGGAGGAAUUACGACUAGACGAUGAAGACCGACCGGAUCCCGACUACAUAUAUAAAUACUGUGGAAGUCUGAUACGGAAAGGACAAGACCAUCCUGAGUUGGCCCAUUUCACUGUUCUGGAGUAUCUAGAAGCUAUCGAUCCCGAAGACUCCCGACUGAAACGGUUUAGACUCAGUGUCGAAGACAGAUCGAUUCUGACGAGCACGUGUGCUUCAUAUCUUUCUGCAUCAAAUUUUGACCGACCAAGCCUAGCCAUGAUUGACCAAAAAGGACUCAAUAGAUUCAAUAACCAACAUCCUUUUCAUGGCUACGCUGCUUUGAAAAACCCACUUAGGUACAUAAGUUCCGACGACGACGACGAUAUGAAGCUGUUCAGCCAUUUCACCAGGCUUUUUCAUCCUAGACUGUCCUUCAACGUCUACAUGAUGAUUUUGCAGCACGGAAGUUUUAAUUCGCUGGAAGGUUACGAUGUGAACGAAGAGUCUCCCCUAGGAGGUCCGCUGGAAUGUGCUAUCUUCGGCUGCGGAGAUACCGAUGACUACGAUCCUGACGACAAUGGCGAAUAUUCCAGAGGGACUAUCAUCAACUCACUCAUCCACCGUGGAAACGCAACAGCACCAUCACAGCGACAGCCAGUCGAGGUCAUGAUGGAUAACGGCUUUAUAGAAGCCGUCAAGUUUGCGGUGCAAUUCAAUCACGCCGAUCGUUUUGAGGAUCUCACUCGUGAUCAUAGGUUUACGAGUGACGAGAUCGAUGUUACGAUACUCGCUCACCUCGCCGCGGCAAAUGAUGCAGCGGGCACGUUGCGGGUCCUGAUGACGCUUUACCCUGACGUCAUCAUGAAGACUAACGACAACGGCGAGACCUCCUGGCACAUUUACAAGUGA